CAUUGUUUAUGGAAUCUUUUGACAUUGACGAGUUUAUUGUAUAGUAAAAUAAAAUACAACUGCCAAACAGACAGAAGUUACAAAAUUUUUCGUGAUGCAAUUAUAUUGGAAAAAUGAGUACGUACGAUGAUUGCAAAGAAUAUUUAUCUAGGGCAGUAACCACUACCACAAUACCGCGCUUAGGAGAAGUCAGUGAAAUCGUUCAUUCUAACAAUCAAAGUCAUAACAUGGACGAUCUAGAUUUAGGAAGUAGCAGCACAUCAAACCUGCUCAAUUGUAGACAGUACGGGUCAGAAGUAUCAAAAAAAUUGACUUAUGAGAUAUUAAAAAGGUAUACUCAAGUCGAUCCUCUAUUUAUGUUCGACAAACAUGUGACAAAUCCUGAUAAUGCCACGGAAAACAAACCGCAGAAAGCUGUAGAUAUCGAUUUCAAGGAUAAAAGAUCCGACAACAGUUCUACUGUUACUUCUGUACGGCGUAGAAUAUCUAAAGGUAUCCAAUAUGAAAUGCCUUCAGAGACGGAGGUUCGCUCUUAUCACUAUUCUCGUUCAAACAGUGUAUGUAAUGUCGAAGUACCAAAUAGAUAUAGUUCUAGACAAUUCUGUAUGAAUUAUACUAGCCUACACAACAUGAAAGAAAAGAAACAAGCAGAAAAGAUGACCUAUUGUCGCCCUGUUAAUAACUAUUACAAUGAAGAAUUAAUUUUCAAAAGUGCUGAAAGAAACCGACGGCUUCAGAAACUAGUCAGAAAGAUGACAGUAGUUCGUGAGCGUGAAAAACAGGUAAAUGCUUGGAAUAACUACAUAAAUGAGCUUCGACACAAGCAUGGUUACCAUGAAACCCCGAGAAAUAUCCCAAUGCCUCUCAUAACUCCAACAAAUUCAGGUCCAGAACUCAUUGAAGACUAUUACAGAACUAAUUUUAAGUGCCAACAAUCUAACCAUUGCAAAAAUCUGUUAAAAGAUUUUUAUGAACCUUGUACCUCUACACAAACGAAUUAUUACGAACAUAUUAAUCCUGAGUAUUAUGGAAGCAUGAACCUUGCCUGCCUCAAAUAUCCAAUAGAAAGAAGUGAGAGCUACGCUGCUCCUCAUCUUAUUUUGAAAAGGGAUAGGUCAAAUCAAUGUGGAAGUAUAUAUUACAGACAACAGAUGGCUGAAAAUGCAAACGGGAAUACUAUAUUAGUAGACACACAAUAUAGUCACGCUGGAGAAAAUUCAAAAAGAACUAGCAAAUCUACAGUUGUGUAUAGAAAAAAAAUACCUCGUUUAUUUAAAACUUCAUCGAUACAAACUAAUCUCAAAUUAUUGCCUAUAAAAAAGCAACAAAGCGUAGAAAAUAAUGCAAAUAAUAAUGUAGUAGAUAAUAUACUUAAGGUAACAAAGCAUGUGGAUGUUAAGCAAGAACAGAGGCUAAGGUCUUUUGAAUGCAUUGAAAACAAACUAGAUGUUUUAAUAAAAUCUGUAAACACUUUGAUAUCAGAAGUUAGAAAACCAGAAUCACGAGAUUCCAGCUUUGCUAAUAAUAAUAGAAUGUCUGUAUCCCGAAGCGUUGAAACUGUUCGAUUGCCGAAUACUGAGACAUUUAGCGGAGGCUCUGCUAAUAGUGUUACCAAUAUACCAAUAGGAUACAAGUCACCAAAAAUAUUUUACAGCUCUGGAGUUUCAAAACUAGAUAAUAUUAUUGUGGAAGAACUGAAUAAAAGCAAUGAAAUUAAAAGAGAUAUAGAAAAUAUUUUGAAUGGCGAUAUACAAAAGUCCUGUUCUGUGCAAAUCAUCAAUGAUUUUAUACCAACAAGAGAUCGAUCGACUGAGGUGACCAAUUCUCUUGAAACGAAAGCACACAAUGGGACGAUACGUAGUUCCUCGCCGGACCAGAGUAUGACGAUAGCUGUCAACACGGACCCUCUGGGGCUGCAAGCUCUUCUGAGAAUAUCUAAAGAAACUGUUAAGAAUGUCUUGUCGUUCAUGCAGAAUAUUCCUUACCAGAAUUUACUCCAACUUCCAUUGAUACCAUUGCAGAAUAAUGCAUCACCUUUUAUUUGCAGUAUUUGUGGUGCGAUAUUUAUGACAACGACUCAAUUGACUGAGCACAUUCACAGCCAUGUCAGAAACAGACAUUGUUGCGUGUGUCGUCAUAUCACGGGCGUCAUAUCUGAAGCCCAAAACCCACGUCGGUUGUUUUUCUGCGAAUUCUGUGGCAAGCCAUUCUCCAGGGCGUAUUGCUGUGAGCUUCAUCAGCAGAGUUGUGCCAAGCGGUUGGGCAGACUUCGAGAUGUCACAUCAAGUCUUGUGCUGCUCAGGUAGACAGUCACUGUUCCAGUGACUCAUGACAAUAUGUAUUCUACUUCUAAUUGUUAUGUUUUCCAGUUUCAUAUCAUCAUCUUCCUAUAAUCUAUUUUUUAUCUACAUAUGCUCUCGCUAACUUUCAAAUAAUUUUCCCAUUUCAAGUUGUAAAAUUAUUCCCUAACAUUAGGUCCAAUUAUUUUAUUUUAUAUUAUUUUUAUUUAUUGAGGCAAUAGAAUACUAUUAUUUCACGUGCACAGUAAGUCAUUAUUGCAAAUCUUUUUUAAUUUAUAUAAUAUUGUAAUGGCGUUUACUGUUUCAGCUUUUGGUAUUUACGAUUUUAAUAUACGAAUAUAUUGUGUACGUUCUUGUAUGUGUUUAUUUAAUGUGUUGUCCUGUGGAAUGUCAAAUAAAGCGCUGAAUUUUAUUGUGACUGCACGUC